AGCCUCCGGGUGGAGCGCGUGUUCGGUCCGGAGUCUCCCGGUGGGGCGCAUGCUCGGUCGCCGGCAGCCUCCCGGUGGGGCGCAUGCUCGGUCCGCCAGCCUCCCGGUGGAGCGCGUGCUCGGUCCGGCAGCCUCCCGAUGGAGCGCAUGCUCGGUCGCGUCCUUUGCGGGGGCGGUGGUAAGAUGGAUCCUUUACUACAGCGGUAUGUUGCUGCGAUGGUGUUGAGCGGCGUUGGAGAUGCACUGGGCUUCCGGAAUGAGAGCUGGGAAUUCUGUGCAAGCGGUCAGCAGAUUCACAAAGAGUUGCAGGAGCUGGGUGGUUUGGACAACAUCAAUGUGUCUGGCUGGAGGGUUAGUGAUGACACGGUCAUGCACUUGGCCACAGCCCAGGCUCUGACGGCCAGCUCACUGUCGGAGCAAAACCGACAGGAGCUUUACAGCAGACUGGCUGUGGAAUACCAAGAAAGCAUGAAGGACAUGACCGGGAGAGCAGCAGGUUUGACUUGCAUGAAUGCAGUCGGGUCACUGAGGCCAGGUUGUUCAGAUGGCUGGAAAAUCCCAUUCAAUCCUAAAGGAGGCGGAUGUGGUGCAGCAAUGAGGGCUAUGUGUAUUGGACUGCGAUUUCCUCAUCCCAAUGAGUUACAGAUGCUGAUUGAAAUAGCUGUCGAGAGUGGCCGAAUGACUCACCAUCAUCCAACUGGCUACCUGGGCUCAGUAGUUGCAGCUUUGUUCACAGCUUAUGCAGUGAAUGAUAAACCCAUAGAAAGUUGGGGAGCAGGCCUGAUGGAAGUGUUGGAGAAAACAAAGAGUUACGUAGAAAAUGCUGGGCACUAUGUUUCUGAAAAUCUGGCUGAAUGGUCAUACUUUGAAAACCAUUGGAAGAAAUACCUUCAGGAUCGAGGCAUUCUGGAUGGGGUAUCCAAGCCAAUUUUCCCAGUUCCGUACGAUGUGAUGGAACGUGACAAAUUCUAUACCUCUGUUAGCUAUUCGGGCUGGGGUGGGGCAAGCGGGCAUGAUGCUCCCAUGAUUGCUUAUGAUGCCAUCUUGGGCUCAGGCAAUUCCUGGAGAGAGCUUUGUAAUCGAGCGGUUUUCCACGGAGGUGAUAGUGAUUCUACUGGCACUAUAGCUGCGGCUUGGUGGGGAGCAAUGUAUGGAUUUGAUGGAGUUCCUAAGUCCAACCAUAAGCAUUUAGAAUAUAGGAGCAGGUUGAAGUUGCUAGCAGAAAAAUUGUUUGAUUUAAGCCAUCCAGGUUCUUGCUCAUUGCAAAAGGAUAAGAUGAAAUGCUGUUUGGAUUAGCUCCACUAAUUUGAAUUAUAAGCCCUGUUUUUUCUGAUUUCUGUUAUUGAAAUGCAGCCCUCUGUAUCUGAACUGUGACCUCUUUAAAGAUCAUUGUUGUUAUGGAUUUUUCUUUGGUUCCAUUUUACCCUGGCUAUUAUUCCCUCUCAUCUGAUGGAGAAUAGUACUUCUCAAAUUUACAAGUUAUACUUUUCUAUUACUAACUGAAACCAACUGGGCUAAACUUUAUUUGGGUUGACCUGUUCAUCAAACCACCCUUGGAAGAAAAGUGUGUUUCAAAUGAAUUGAUAUUAAAAAGCCUACCCUACAGCAGUGACAUAUUGAGGGGGGGGAGGAAAAUUAAACUGUUGAGCAUUGGACCUUUUGUGAACAGUAAAUCCUGACUGCAAGGACUGCUGGCCAAUCUUAGUUAAUUCAGCAAUUCUAGUAGUCUCAACAGACCACUGCUGAGGCUGCAACCAUCUCAGUGAAAACAACAGUCGUGAUUGGGGUGAGGUAUGUCUCGAAUUUUUCAGGUGGGAAGGCAACAAAUGUGUGUGUAUUAGUAUGGGUGGUGGGAGUGGGGCACAAAGGACAUUGACAUUUUGGGGUAGAGGUGCCCUUUUUGAAAUAAAAAGUUUUAAAGUUCUCUAA